AUGGCGAUUCCUGAAGCACGCCGCUUUCCCAAGGAGCAUGCGCCUCCAACAGUCCCAAGAAGGGAUCUGAAGAAUGACAUCGAAGCUGUUGCAAAAUAUAGCAACACUUUAACGCGCGACUGUCCGCUGAAACCACACUAUGCCCAGACGGAGUCCCUGAUGGAGGUUUCAGUGUCCCCUGUCGCGCGACUUCAGGCACAAUAG